ACAGAAAGAAAGCAAAAGAGCAAUAAAGGAUAAACAUUCCUUUUUUUUUUUCCCUGCUUUUCCUGGUGAUACAGCUACAGCUAUAGGAACUUCCAGCGCAUGUGCAUUGCAUAGGUGAGAGAAUAUACUAGCGAUACCUGCAAGGUAAAAAUAAGUUGCCACUCACUUAAGUAAAAAUAAGUUGCCACUCACUUAAGAAGGUUGGCACAGGCAGAACUCCAAUUGCAUCCCAUAUUCUUUCAGCUGCCGGUCUCACACUGGUAUGUAGCAGAGCUGGAUUUGGUGCUCCCCAAGCAGGACUCAAGCAGUGCACUGAGCAUUCUACGCAGAGCUUCUGGCUUUGAAACCUGCUGGAACAGAGCUUCACCACCCGAUUCUUCCCACUACUGCAGCACAGUACAUCAGCCCUUGGCUGUAGGGAUGCCAAUCAGGCAGCGUCCCAAAAUUGCAUGAAGAGGGACAUCUUUUCCAAGAAGUACUAUCUCAGAAGAGUGGAUAAAGCUUUACAGGACAGAACUUAUAACUCUGCCUUUCAGAGAGGCCACUAGAGUUCAUGGGUACAGCAUGCAACCUAAGCUCAGUAAAAGAACCAGGAUCAAAGCACCCCCUGGAUAAGCUGGUCUAACACCUGAAUUCACAUACAAGUGGGCACAGCAUCCAAAUGUUACAGGGCUUCAGACUGAUCUGUACCAUACAGCAGCCACCACGUUGCUUCCAUCCAUCAUUUCUAAACCAUGAUACCCACAACCUAACAUGGUUUCUUUUGAUGUUACUUGCAGAAAGGAAACCUUCAAAUCCUUCCACCGUACCACUAACUACUGGCCUGUUCAAGAGAUGAAAACCAUGAAGACUCUGAUGCUCUUGAUUUGCCUGCUAGGAUCAGCUUUGGCUAUUCCAACAUAUCCCUUAAACCACCAACUUGGAGCCUUGAGACAGAAAGCUGCAGAAAAGACUAAGGCUAUUCAUUCUGAAGCCCAAAAGGAAGGGAAGACAAGGCCUGCAAACGAGGGCGACUUGCAGCCCAGCCACAGAAACAUAAAAGCAAAGGCACCAGUAGCAGAUGCUGAGCACAGGGAGAAGCCCUGGACAGCUAGAAGACACGGACAAAGUGGUCAUGAGCAUCAAAUGAAAACCAGUCUGAAGAGCAUUAACUUCCUUUCCCUGCAGGGUAAACUAGGCUUGACUUCUGAUAGCCAGGAGAGUGAUUCUGGCAGCAGUGGCAGAGAGCGGUCCAGCUCUGACCACUACCAGCUCAGGAGGCAUGAGAAACACAGCAACACAGCCAACCAAGCACUGGAUGCUGGAGAAAAUCCAGUGGAUGCUCUCAAUCUCGAUCAUGAGCAUAAUGCAUGGAAAUAUAAUAAAAAUACAAUUGGCCUAUCUGAAAACAACAGUGAAAGCGAUGAAGAGGAAAAUGUGGAAGAAGAGGACGAGGAAUGGGGGGAAGUGACUGAUUACAGGGAUAUGAAGCACAAAGCCCACCGGACAAGUCACGGAAACCAAUACAGGAGACAGCAGAAAGAAAACAGCAGGCAGUCUGAUGAAAUACUGAGAGAUUCCAGUCAGCCAAUCCAGAUAACCAAGAGACACGGUGAGAAAUUCAGCAUAGAGGAGGAAGAGGAAAGUCAAGAAAAGCCCUAUAAGGAAGAAAAAAUCCCCUUCUCAAAGAAAAGUCAUGAUGAGGAUGAAAAAUGGCAAAGCCAAGAAAACAAAGAUAGUUUUCAAGUAAACCAUCAGAGCGAUCAUGGCAUGGUGAUGAAAAGACAGGAUAAGGAGGGCGGUAACAUUGAUAAGGACGAUAUUGAUAGUGGCGAUGAUGGUGAGGAAGAUCUCAGCAAUGCCUGGAAAGAAGCAGCCUAUGAGGAAGAGGAGAGAAUCCAGAGAAAUGACCAAGACAGCACCAGCAAUGAGCCUGAAGGAGAAGGAACCACUGGGGAUGACAGUGCAGUUCAGAGAGAGAGAUGGGAUCACCAAGGUGUCAAAAUUAAAGACCUUACUCACUCUGAAGAUGCUAACUACCACUAUGAGGUGCCUAAUUCUGACAGCAAGCAACAACUGCAAACAAGUGGCUCUGUUCAGAGUGUGAAUUCAAUGGAACCUGUAGAUGAGGUUAAGACCACAGGCAGUUCAUACAGUGCGAGGAGAAGUGCAAGCAACAGCACUGGGGAGGUUUUUCUGGACCCAUGCAGGAACUUCCACUGCAAAAGAGGAAAAGUCUGCCAGGCAGACAGACAAGGGAAACCCGGCUGUAUUUGCCAAGAUCCUGCUGCUUGCCCUUCCACCAAAGAUUAUGAGCGUGUUUGUGGCACAGAUAAUAAGACUUAUGACGGUACAUGCCAACUCUUUGGUACCAAAUGUCAACUUGAAGGAACAAAAAUGGGACGCCAGCUGCACCUAGACUAUAUGGGCUCCUGCAAAUACAUACCUCACUGUACUGAUUACGAAGUAGAUCAGUUCCCCCUCCGUAUGAGAGACUGGCUCAAAAACAUCCUCAUGCAAUAUUAUGAACGUGAUCAGGAUACAACUGGAUUUCUAACUGAAAAGCAAAGGAAUAAGGUCAAAAAGAUCUACCAGAAUGAAAAGCGUCUCAUGGCUGGUAACCACUCAGCUGAGCUUCUCCUGCAUGACUUUGAGAAAAACUAUCACAUGUACGUGUAUCCUGUGCACUGGCAGUUUUAUCAGCUUGAUCAGCAUCCAGCUGACAGAUCAUUGACGCACUCAGAGCUUGCUCCCUUGAGAGCCUCCCUUGUUCCCAUGGAACACUGCAUCACCCGUUUCUUCCAGGAGUGUGACCAAGACCAAGACAAACUCAUUGCUUUGAAGGAGUGGUGCCACUGUUUUGGGAUUAAGGAAGGUAAGCCUCUAAGACCAGGGAGGUGUGCAGGACAAAGUGUUCUCAUUAAUGCUUGGCUAAGUCUCAGGCCAUAAAGUACAAGAAAAAUUCUAGACAGAAGCUACGACUAGUGUGCACAACAGCAACAGGAAUAGUACUGACAAGACAAUG